AUGGCCUUUGAUCGCUACGUUGCCAUAUGCAACCCUCUGAGAUACACCACCAUCCUCAGCAAUGCACGAAUAGCUAAACUAGGACUAGCGGGUUUGUUAAGAGCUGUUCUCGUUGUUUUGCCCCUGCCCUUGCUUCUGAGUAAACAGCCGUUCUGUGCCAGCCGCAUUAUUCCCCAUACGUACUGUGACCACAUGUCUGUGGCAAAGCUGUCAUGUGGGGAUAUCACUGUUAACAGGAUGUAUGGCUUGGUGGUACCAUUUGUCAUCAACUUCGUAGACCUGACACUCAUUGCCCUGUCCUACAGUCUGAUCAUCCAGGCUGUCCUCAAAAUCUCCUCCAAGAAAGCCCACCUGAAAGCCCUCAACACGUGCACCACCCACAUCUGUGUGAUGCUCACGUCUUAUCCUUCCUUCUUCUUCUCUACUCUGACACACCGGUUUGGUCAGGGCAUUGCUCCCUAUGUUCACAUCGUCUUGGCCAACCUCUAUUUCCUCCUCCCCACCAUGCUCAACCCCAUCAUUUAUGGGGUGAAAAACAAAGAGCUUCGGGACAAAAGACACCAGGGAAUUUAUCUGAUAAAGGAGGAGCAAAUACAGGACCCUGGAGGCACCUUCAGCAUUUCUGAGCACAGUCCAUGCAUUGAAGACUUCAUGGGAGCUUUUAACCUCACUCCCUCUGAUUCUUCAACAUUCAUCUUAAUGGGUAUAGCUGGUCUGGAAGCCGUCCAUGUCUGGAUUUCCAUCCCUUUCUUGAUGUCCUACAUUGUCACCCUGUUGGGAAAUCUCAUUCUGCUGUUUGUGGUAGGCAAAGAGCAGACCCUGCACAAGCCAAUGUAUAUGAUGCUCUGCAUGCUGGCACUCACGGACAUUGUUACACCUUCCCUUGUCAUACCAAAGGCACUGUGCAUAUUUUGGUUCAAUUGGAAAGACAUUACUAUAAGUGGCUGUCUCACCCAGAUGUUCUUUCUUCACACGCUUUCUUUCCUGCAGUCAGCCAUCCUUGUGGCAAUGGCCUUCGAUCGCUACAUUGCCAUAUGUGACCCUCUGAGAUAUGCCACCAUCCUCAGCAAUUCACGAAUAGCAACACUAGGGCUAGUGGGUUUGAUAAGAUCUGGUCUUUUGAUGCUACCACUGCCCCUGCUCCUCAGCAGGCUGCCAUUCUGUUCCAGCCGAAUUAUCCCCCACACACACUGUGAGCACAUGGCCAUUGCCAAGUUGGCAUGUGGGGACAUCAGCGUGAACAGAACCUAUAGCAUGGUGGCAGCAUUUGCGGUCAGUGGGAUAGACCUGAUACUGAUUGCACUGUCCUAUGGUAGGAUCAUCAGAGCCGUUUUCAGAAUGUCCUCUACGGAAGCCCACCAGAAAGCCCUCAGCACCUGCACCUCCCACGUCUGUGUGAUGAUGACGUCCUAUAUGCCCGGCCUCUUCACCAGUAUGUCAAACCAGUUUGGUAAGACAAUCGCUCCUCACAUUCACAUCAUAUUGUCCAACCUCUACCUCCUCGUUCCUCCCAUGCUCAACCCCAUCAUUUAUGGGGUCAAAACCAAGGAGAUUCGUGACAAACUGGGCAAAUACACCUGCAGAAGGUGAUUAC